CGCGGGAAGCGCGAGGGGCAGCGGUGCGGCGUCCAGGGGGCGGCCGCAGCCCCGCCCCGCCCCGCCGCGUCCUGCCCUGUAGUCCUGCAGCGUUCUGCACGCGCGCUCUUCGCCGCCUCUCGGGGUCUAGGGGCUCGCUGGUGCUCCGCGCGCAACUAUGGCUCAGCACUUCUCCCUGGCCGCCUGCGACGUGGUCGGCUUCGACCUGGACCACACUCUGUGUCGCUACAACCUGCCUGAGAGCGCCCGGCUCAUUUAUAAUAGCUUUGCUCAGUUCCUGGUCAAGGAGAAAGGGUAUGACAAGGAAUUGCUCACUGUGACUCCAGAGGAUUGGGAUUUCUGUUGCAAGGGCUUGGCAUUGGAUCUGGAAGACGGGAACUUCAUUAAACUUGCAGAUAAUGGCACCGUGCUCAGGGCAAGCCACGGCACAAAGAUGCUGGCUCCAGAGGUGCUGGCGGAGGAGUACGGCAGGAAGGAGUGGAAGCACUUCAUGCCAGACUCGGGAAUGGCCUGCCGGUCAGGAAAAUAUUAUUUUUAUGAUAACUACUUUGACCUGCCUGGAGCUCUUCUGUGUGCCAGAGUGGUGGACUCUUUAACAAAGCAGAACAAUUGUCAAAAACCAUUUGAUUUUUGGAAGGACAUAGUGGCUGGUAUACAACAUAAUUAUAAAAUGUCAGCUUUUAAAGAAAACUGUGGAAUAUAUUUUCCAGAAAUAAAAAGAGAUCCAGGCAGGUAUUUACACACUUGUCCGGAAUCUGUUAAAAAGUGGCUUCGACAGCUAAAAAAUGCUGGGAAAAUUCUUAUGUUAAUUACCAGUUCUCACAGUGAUUACUGUAGACUCCUCUGUGAAUAUAUCCUGGGGAAUGAUUUUGAAUAUCUUUUUGACAUUGUGAUUACAAAUGCAUUGAAGCCUGGUUUCUUCUCCCAUUUACCAAGUCAGAGGCCUUUCCGGACACUUGAGAAUGAUGAGGAGCAGGAGGCACUGCCAUCUCUGGAUAAACCUGGCUGGUACUCCCAAGGGAACGCUGUCCACCUUUAUGAACUUCUGAAGAAAAUGACUGGCAAACCUGAACCCAAGGUUGUUUACUUUGGUGACAGCAUGCAUUCAGAUAUUUUCCCAGCCUGUCAUUAUAGUAAUUGGGAGACAGUCCUCAUCCUGGAAGAGCUCAGAGGGGACAGAGACGGGAAGCCUGAGGACUCAGAGCCUCUAGAGAAGAAAGGAAAAUAUGAGGGACCGAAGGCAAAGCCUCUAAACAGAUUAUCUAAAAAAUGGGGCUCUUUUUUUAUUGAUUCAGUUUCCGGACUGGAAAAUACAGAAGAUUCCUUGGUUUAUACGUGGUCUUGUAAGAGAAUCAGUGCUUACAGCACUAUUGCAAUUCCAAGUAUUGAAGCAAUAGCAGCUUUUCUAGUUGUCUCAGCUCCAAUUCAGAAGUGGAAGUCUACUUUUUUUUGAACCUCAGAUUCUUCUUCCUUAAACUGGGUAUACCACAGGGUGGAUAUGAGAGAAAGUAAAGUAAGAUAUUUAUCUGAUAUUUAUUGGUAGGAUGAUGAUGAUGACCCUGAGAUAUGUGUGACCUUCCAAAAGGUCCAUCCUCUAUGCCAAUAUACAAAUCCAAUAUGUCAAUAUAUCUUACUCACUGAAAUAAUAUCUCAUUCUCACCAGUUUCAAAAGCCUGAUUUUUUUUUUUCAUUUUGUUCCAUGCUUACACACAUGAAAUUAAAGAAUAUCUUUCUUCCUUUCACAUACAAUUUUCCUAUUAAAGAAAUGGACCCUGUAACUUGAAGGGAGGGACUGGCCCAGGACUAAACUAUUAUUUUCAGUUUUUUAUAUUUCACUCUUUCUUUCCUUCAAAGUGACUCAAAUUUAUAGUGAGAGAGUAGGGUUGUGUGAUAAUGGAAGUCACUGAAUUAUUCUAAAGUACCUGGAUAGAAACUGUUCAGUGGGAUAUGGUUGUGAAAUAGUAAGAGAGUCAAGGAAAAGUGACUCUCCAUUAUUCCAGGAUUUAAAUAUUUCUCAAAAAAUGGGAAAAUAACCCCCCGUCUGUCUUCUGGGGUAAUCACUUCUCCUUAAGGAAGCAGUAAUAGCAUCAGUGUGGCUCCCAUUUUCAUUUUCCAAAAGCUUUCUUCCUCAGCACCCUGGAAAAGAAUUUGGCAGAGCCUUUGUCUUCUAACUUUUCUUAGGAGAAAAUACUUAGACUCACCAGUAGUCAAACAAAGCUAAAGAAGUCGAUUUGGGGUGAGGGGAAGGAGAAUUAGAGAGUUGGUAAGUUAUAUUUGAUUGUUGAUUUUGAUGUCCAAGACAUUGCCUCAAAAAGCAAAGUGUUAGUCUCUCUUUAACUUAGCACUCAUUGCUUAUGAUCACAUUCUCAUAAGGAAAUUAUAUCUCACACAGAAUUUGAAAUUUAGUAUUUCAGUAACAUAUUCAGUAAAUUUGGAUGGUACUGUGUAAUUGACCUCCAAGUAAGAAAAAUGGCUGAAAGAAAAAUGGUGUGAUGGUCAUGGCUUUAGACAUGUUGAAGAUAGGAUCUUUAUAGAAAUGUUAUCCUGCCAGUAUCUUUAAAAAAAGUCCCAAGAGUUCUGUUUCUGUCUGUGUUGUUAUACAUUGAACUUACUGUUUAAGAAUAUUUGUUCAUUUUGGUUCACUUCAUUUAAUUAUUAGAUAAUGUGGUUGAUAUUAUGGUGUAUUUAGUACACAGAGUUUAAUAGAACAUCAUUGUGGUAAACAAGAAUUUGGUUGUCUACCAUUCUCUUUUCUUCCAAAAAGCACCCAACAAUGACUUUUCUAAGACAUGCAAAUGUCUCCCUCUUGUUGAAUCCCCAAUCUGGACAUACUUGUUUUAACACAAUAGUCAUCUGAUCUCAGUUUGGCUAUUCCAUACCCAGAUUUCUUAACCUUAGUAGACUUUUUCUGCUACCUGGGAGAGAGAAUAAAAUUUUUGUUUUAAAUGAGAUAGGAAAUGAAAAACAAACCUGAUAUUCCCCCUUUGUCUCUUAAAACCUUUUUUGUAUUCAUGUAAUGUUUCUUUAUUCGUCAAUAUUCUGUUAGAUGUGGUUCUCUCAUUGACAUUUAAAUGCUUAGAAGGUAUUUUUAUAGAUGUUAUGAAAGUUUGCAAUAUACAUUACCAUGAUGGUUGGUUUAUAAGCAUUUUGAUAAUGUAAUCAUUUUAACCUUGUAAUAGCUUUUAAAACAUUUACUUUAGGAAGUGUAUAGGAAAGACAGAGAGAGAGGUGGCUGGGUCAGCUCGCAGCCUGUAUCAUUUUUGUGGCUUAUAAGAAAUCCAGGACCUCAGAUGCACUAUUUUAGAAACUCAGUUUUAUCAAUGUACUUUCCAAUGCCUUUUAAUGAGCCUUUUUAAUGGCUCAAAAUAUGCUCCAGCUAAUUUGAAGCAGUCAAGACCAGUGAAAUUCACUAAUACGAAUGUUUUUCUGUUUAUAGUAAUCUUAGCUUUCUCUGGCCUCAGAAAGGCAGUGUUCCUUCUGCCUAAUCUUUAGCACUAGUUUUCUCCUCAUAAGGAUUAACUAUUUGGGUCUUAAUAAUUCUCACUGGCAUUUAAUAUAAAGUAUAAUUUUUAUGUUAGUAUCAUUUUCAAAAUACUGAGUACUACCAAAUAAUGUUUUACUUGUGAUAUUUGUGAAAUAAGGAUGACUACGCAGUAUCUGCAUGUGGAAUGACUAUCAUUACAUGACAUAUAACGUUUCACUUGUAAUAUUUCUGGUAAUGGUUCUUUGAAGAAGCUUGGGAAGAAAAUAUCUGAAGGCUAACUUUUGAGAUACUUAUAUUGAAGAUGUCACAAUGUCCCACCAUCAAUAAAGUAUGAAUUUUAUGUUCUCUCCCCCCUCUUGUGGCUGUGUGUGUGUGUGCGUGCAUGUGUGUGUGAUGCUUAUCAUAUGGAAAAAGUUGCCAUAUUGUGCAUAUUAGAAUUCUUAUUUAGCUAAGCAUUCAAAGAUUAUUCUUAGUAACUAUUACUAAGGGCUAUGAAGAUUAUUAGUUCUCAUUUACCAGUUACAUAAUGCAACCUAUCCAGGUGACAAAAGAAAUAUUAAAAUUAUGAAACAAAAUGUUUUAUUAUCAAUGACUAUCAAAUUUUGAUUUGUUUAUAUUUAUGAAAGUUCUUUUGAAAUCUGCAGAAUCUUUUUUUUUUU